GGUGCAAAUCAAAACAAAACAAACAACCAACGAGAGUGGACGUGCGUGUGUCGCGCUCGCGCUAUUUUCAACAUUUUUCCGUAAUUUUCCUACACCUUCUACGGCAGGAAAACUAAGGUUUCGCUCGGUGCGUCGAAAGUGCGUGGCAUUCGAACAAAUAUUUCCGGCAUCGCUGUGCUGUGCGUGUGUGUUUCUAUCUCUCUCACUCCCUCUCUGGGUGUAAGUGUUUGUGUUUGUGUGUGCGUGUUUGUUUGUAUCGUGUAGUACGCGCGUGUGGAAAAGCAAGUGAAAGUUGGCGCGCCACUCCUGCCCAGCAAGGUGCCCCAGAAGGGAACGGGGAGGCAACGAAGCGCAAGGUGUGCAGAAGGUUGUGAAAAGCUUUCUGGGGAGUUGUGGAAAAGUGGUAAUUUUCGGGGAAAAAGGCAAAAUUUCGACCGGUUUUGUCUGCGAGUGAAGUGAAAUUGUGGAUAGGAAGUAAUAGGCAAGAAGGGAGGAUUUGCCUCGCGACCGACCGGACCUGGUCUGGUUUGUUUGAUCGGAUUGUCGUGGUGCAUAGAAUCGCCACGGCGAGGAUUGGAUGCUGAAGGAUAUUAUGGCAGCAGAGAACUGAUCGAAGGACGGGUAUAGUUUUCCGGCCCGGAAGGCGUAUUCGAUUGCGAUAUAUCGGAUCGGAAACCAGACGAGUCAGCUGCAGACGACAAAUGGAUUGUAAUUGCUGUCAGCGCCAUCAUUGCCUGCAUCAUCGUGGACGACGAGCUUAUCAGCAACAGCACCAGCAGCAGUUGCCGCAUCGAGCGUAAGCUGUUCACGGCGCCUUAAAACCCGUCGAUCGCGCCACCCGCCUUGUACCGUAACUGAUGCGCCCGCGUGGGGCCCCGGGUGGUACCGAAUGCAUCAUCAACAGCGGAUGCAUUAGCGCGAGAGAAGAAAAAAGCGAUUCAUCGGUGGAAAUUGGAAUUCCUCGACGCGUACCGCAACAGCAGAAAUCGGCACGGGAUAUUAAAAACGAUGACACAGUUUUGCCCUACCACGGUGCGGAGUGUUUGAGAGAUCACAGCCACCAGCUCGGACGCUGGUGUUCGGAAUCUGGCCCAUCAUAUAGCUCACCCACAUAUAGCACAUAGCCGGGACACCGCACCACAACUGCUGGCUCACCAAUCAACGAACGUACGAACUCUACAAAACCCUGCCAAAUCUUUUGGACCAAACAAAAACAAAAAAGAGAGAGGAGCGUAGCGCACCUGACCAACCUGGAAGCAGAGUGCCAGUCGGCGAAGUAAAGCUUUGUUUCUAAUCGUCACCGGAGUACACAUAAACGGCCCCAAACUGAAGCUCCCGAACGUGAUCAGAAUGCGUCGUAACUGGCUUCUGCGCUGCAGCAUCCUGAUCAACGUGGCGGUGGUGCUGUACAUCGGCAGCCAUCUGCUGAUCGGCAGCGGCAACUUUGCCCUCGGCCCGGCCUACAUCAUAUCGGAUGAGGUGCUGAAGCAGCAACCAGCGGACCAGUACAAACAGUAUCUGCCCGCCCAGCAGCAACGGUUGCUCGAGGCGGAACAGGCACUGUUUGAGCAGCAGCAGCAGCAGCAGACGCUACAAUCAGCCCAACAAGGACACAGUAGUUUAGUGUUAAAAAUUCAAGAAAAUGGGAUCGGUGUGCAGGAAGUGGUCCAGCAGACGCAACAGCAGCGACAGUCGGUACCGAACGGUGCCGGUACCCAGCAGCAGGACCAGCAGCAGCUGAUGCUGGAAGCACGAGAUGUAGAUAACAGUAAUCUUAAUGUAGACGAUAGUCGUUUCGAUGUGCCAACGGAGAAAAGCACCGUCCGGAAGAUGGUCGGUGCCGAUGUGCUUUACCAGGACGGGCAGCAAUCGGCGGGCGGUGGUGGCCCUGGCGGCGGCGGUGGUGGUGGUGGUGGUGCGACCGGGGUGCUCAACGGUAGCGAUAUCUUUUCCACCACCGCAUCCAUGGAUGUCGAGGCGAAGCUAAGAUCGCUGCUCAACUGCCACGACCGUGACUACGAGCCAUACAUCGGACAGCGGGGAGACUUUUGGGUGUUGCGGAACUACAUCCGGGCGGAACACGGUGACCUGCGGUGUCACGAAACAAUCACCUAUACAACGCACGCCGACUACACAUUUCUGGACAAUUUAGUACCACUGCUGGAAAGGUGGAACGCUCCAGUUAGCCUUGCGCUUCACGCACCCGGCACGGAUUUUGUGCCCACGAUCAAUUCAAUAAAGUAUCUAAGAGACUGCGUACCAGAGAGUCAUUUAGUCCGACAGUUUGUCACAUUUCAUAUUUAUUUUAGUAGUAAACAUAUUCCAAAACUUGUUCCUAAACACAAUCAAGUAUUAGACACACCGUACAACUGUUCGCUGGCGAUACCGUACUUCAAUGUGUCGGCGGCGCAGCUUUACAAGACGCAGAAGAAGCUCCUGUAUCCGGUGAACGUCGGCCGGAACAUUGCGCGCGAUGCCGCAAUGACCCAUUUCCUUCUAGCUAGCGAUAUUGAAUUGUAUCCCAACCCGGGGCUAGUGCAUAAGUUUCUCGAAAUGAUCGCACGGAACGAACCGGUGCUGCAGCGCAAGAAUCCAAGAGUCUUUCCUCUGCCGAUAUUUGAAGUAGAUAAUAAUUCACCGGUGCCACGUGAUAAAGCGGAACUGCAGGAGCUGUUGCGCACGGGCAAAGCGAUCCCGUUCCACAAGCGCGUCUGCUCCAGCUGCCAUGGUGUACCGAAGUCCAAGGAGUGGAUCGCCGCCAACGAAACCGACGAUUUGGGCGUGUUUCACAUUGGCAAACGAAUCGGUUACUUUGUGCACUGGGAACCGAUCUACAUUGGAACGCAUGCCGAUCCGCACUACGACGAGCGGUUAAGCUGGGAGGGGAAGAGUGAUAAAAUGACGCAGGGUUAUGCACUGUGCGUCCUCGACUACGACUUCCACAUACUGGACAACGGGUUCCUGGUGCACAAGCCGGGCAUCAAGGUCCUGAAGAAGGACCCGAAGCGUGCGAUGCUGGCCGCCAAAACGAACCAGCUGAUCAAGAAGAUCAUCUACCCGGAGCUGCAGGUCAUGUACGGAACGCGCAAGGGCUGUGCUGUAUAGUUGAAGGGGAAACAACAUUAGUAUAAGGCCAACGAUCCCGCUGGCAGCGAUAGUACUAAUGGUGGCGGUAGUAAUGGUGCUAGUGGUGGUGUACGUGGUGGUGGUGGUAAUACUAGGGGUAUUAUUGGUAGACGCUCGCGGACCAUGAUCUCAUCGUCCUUUGGCUCGGCGGCCGGAUGGUCCGCCCUGACGCUAAUGUCCGGUGCCCCGGCCGGGCCACACCGGGCCCACGUUGGCAACCGGCGCAAGGUCGGCAAACCGAAGGGUUACAUCCGCCGACGAAGACGACGCCGAUGAGCGCACGGUCCAUGAGGUUUGCCGCGGUCCCAGCUUCUUGCUGGGACGGGCAUCGAUGUCUACAGGGAAUAAGAAAUCAUAUUUUGCAUAAGUCUUGUGUAGGUGUGCUUCGUUUACGCAACAGCACAAUGGAAACGAUCGGGUUAAGAUGUUUGUAUUAAGAUAGCGAUGUCCAAAACGCGAUCCGGACCACUGCACGCGGAUUGCGGGAACGAAUCGUUUCCUGGAUAGUGAUAUUACCUGAGGACACUUUAGUUACGGUCUCUAGUACGAUAAGGAUGGCCAGGGCUGGAUCGCCUAGUGUGAUAACGUAAGCGAAGAUCUGUCAGAGUCUGUAAGAUGGAGGUCGAUUUUAGCACAUAAUGUCCACUGCACGAGCCGACUGCUCGAAAGAAGGAGAAGGAGGAAGAGGAGUGGUGCAUGAAAGCCACAGACACACGAUAGUAGCACCCUGCUAGAUGCAUAGUCAUUCGGUUCGAUGGUUCAAUGUUUCGAUGUGUGGAUAAGAGCUCGAUAGUGUACUAUUGAUGCAGAGUUUGGCCCGAGAAAGCUAGGUUAUACAAUUGGCAUCAGUUAUGAUUUUAUGACGAAACUUUACACAAACCAAAACUUUUCUUCCUAACGCCCAUUUUUAUCGGAACCUCUCUAUCCCCCUUUCCCUUGCAGCUCAGCUGUCAUACCCACAUCCUUCAAACUAUUCCCGAUUUUAGUUCUUACAAAACGGUAGUAAUCUUAAAGCGCAAAGCAAAGGUAUCAUCCAUUAUGCACAUUGUAUCAUAACGACAGCAACUAACUUGGUAGAUAUUUUACAAAAAAAACGGCACAUUUUGUGUGUAAGAAACGAACAAGCGAAAAAAAAGAGAUCAUCAAAUGUUAACAGCAGGAGCAAAGCAAACAAAACAGAAUUAGUCGAACCAAGCGAAGAACUGAUCAAAGAAAGGAAGCGAAAGAGAAGUUGAAGUUUCGAAUUUUUACGCUGACAAGCGAGCCUGGCCGUAUCUCGAAAGUAAAGGAAAGGAUCUUCAGUGGAAUCCGCAAUUUGGAGCAAGGCCGAGCGAUGUUUAACCGAAUCGCGGCAAAACAAAAAGACAUGUGAGUAACAAUAAUUUUACCCCCGGAAAACAAAAAGAAAGCUAAAAAAAGGAAACAGAAAAAAACAUGAAAACAUGUAAAAAGGAUUAGGAUGCUUUGUUUCCAAAACGGCAAAAUGGUUUUUGAAACCAAAAUGAUUUAACGUUUUUCACGCAAUUUGUUCCAGUGUUUUGUUACACUGCUUUGAGCGUCUUUGUCUUGCUAGUUGUGCACCCGUUAAUGCACUUUUAUCUGCUUUUUGUUAUCCUUUUACUUCAUGUUUUUGUUUAACUUUUCCUAUCAAUUAUAGAGGCUUUUUUAUGCUGUUUACUCAAUUUUCGUAUACAGUAGUGAUGGGCGAGUCGAGUCGAACCUACCGGGUCGUAACCUUCCGCAAGCGAUCCGAAUCGUUCUCUGCUACACCUACGGGUCAACGCGAACUCGUUGCACCCGGUGGUCGAACUCGCUUCCCAUUGAAACGAACUCGACUCCGGAUGGAUCCGUCGUAAAAGAGUCGUACGGCCCAUCAUCAGUAUACAGGCAAUGCAAUUUCUGUUUUCGCGCUUAAAGCAAAUAUGCAAAACAAAAACAAAAAUAGUUACAUAUCGAAACAUUUUAAACAGUAGUGUGAUAAACUAGCUUAUUACUCUACCAAGUCACGCGAACAACAAAACAUACAACACGAAUCCCCUCUAUACCGUAUACUUCUUCCUCGUCUCCUAAUUAGCAUUAACGUAGGGCGGUUUCCCUUUGCUAGUUUCCUAUUUUACGCAUUAGUAUGCGAAAUUAAUUUAACCACACAAAGAAGAAGAAAAAAACGAACAAACUAAACGUUACAAACCGCAGGACGACCGUUGAAAUCGGGUAGCUCCCGGUCACCCAGUAAAUCUCAGCCAAUCUCUCGGUAGUGUGUUUCCUUUUACGUCUCCAUAGUAAGUGCCUUAUUCGUAUGAAGAACAAGACGAACGAACAAAGAAAAAAAAUACGAUUGCUAAACACAGCGCAUAAAACACGCAAAAAACACAAUUCUUAAGUAAUGAGAAAAGAAAUCAAAUGCCGUAAAAGGGAUAAAAAAAUUAUUGAAAAUAAUUGGAGAAUUUGGGACAAAAAUCAGAAGCAAAAAAUUCUCAACACAUUGAGGCGAGAACAGAAAGAGUUGAACCAAAACACAUGAAAGCUUACACUAUUACUCCACUCAACGAAAUAGAGGGAAACUCAUACACCUGAAACACAUUACACACGCACACGGAAGUUUCUUGCAUGAUACACUCACACACUCAUACACUCAUACACUCAACUAAAGGAUAUUUUAAUCGAUCAAAAGCAUUGGGUUGUAUAUCGUUCCAAUCAAUUUCUACACUCUCUAUCACUGUUUCUCUCUAUUCUCUCUCGUUCGCGCAUUACGUUAACCCUUUUGUAUAUAUACAUUUGCUAGCACUUUAGCUGCUAGGUUAAGUUAAUCAUUAUCACGAGAGAGAAAAAAAAAUCCUCCAUUUGCAAACUAAGCUCGAAGUUAGUUAGGUAGGCCCGUUCCACUAGUUUCCCCCAUUGCCUAGCGUAGGAAGGGGACGAAAUUCAAAUUAAUCGUGUCUAUUAAUUUUCAUUCCUUCUCGUGGUUUCCUUCCUUUGAACAAAGUGAGUGGGAUAGCUUGAAGGAGAGGGAGAAAACAGAGCUUUUGGGAGUGAGAGUCACUGGCGGCAAUUCUGUGUAAAAAAAUAUAUUUCAGAAUUAUGAACGAAACGUAUGAAGAAACGAAAGGAGAACAAUCAGAAAGGCACUAGAAAGAGCACAAAAGAUCGGUCUCCUUCUUCCGAAGGCAGUUUAUAUUAGUAUUGGUGAUGCGACUCUUAUCACGGGUCCACUCGGAGUCGAGGACGUCCCUGUAAGAAACGAGUUCGACCGGUGGGUACGGAUAGACCACUAGGUGGAACGAGGUUCGGGUCAAUCGUUCCCAACUCGUCCCAGUCCAAGGGUAGAUCCGUACCUAUGGGUCGAACUCUUAUAUACUUAGCUGCACCCACAGAUCUACCCGAAUUCGUUGGAAUUGGCAAUACGAACCUACUCGGUAGGUUCGAAUUGACCCGACCAUCACUAGUUUAUAUGUCUACUUCACUGAAGUUCACUGUCAGUCGAUGGACCCCGUGACGCAAAUUCGCUUCAAACGUAGUUUUUUGCCGCCCAGUGAUCCCACUCUCCUUGUUGUUCGCCCCAACAAGAAGGAACAAAUGAUUGUACAUAGGAAUUUUUUUUCAGUUAUCGGCCAACUAGUAUUUUCUCUUCGUUUUUUUUCGUUCCCUGAUUUGCAUUGCGUAAAGUAAGGAGAAACCGUACGCCCAAAAAAAACCCCGGCGAUAAUUACUAAAGUAACUAAUUGUGUACACACAGGGUACAGGAUACAUGAUAACGAAGUGGAAGGAACGAAAUCAACCAGAAAUGGAUAGGCUGGAUAAUAAGGGAGGAUGGAGCAGACAGUUCUCGGGAGUAAUAAAUGUAUUUCCAUAGAAGUGUUCCUUUUUUUAAAAAGAA